GCGCUUUUGUUAACGAUUUGUUUGGUUUGCGUAGUUUUUCCAGUUCUAUGGUACCUUUUUUCUAGUAAUAGUGAUUUCAAGUGUUGAGAAUGCGUGUAUUACGUUGUAAAAUUCAAAAAAACCAGUAGUAUGAUUGAAAUUGCCAAAGAAAACCAACGCAAUGAGUAUAGUCCAUGGAGUUACGAUUUGCUUGCUAGAGGAUCUACCAAAAAGACCAUUUUGGAUGAUGAGGAUGGACAAGAUCUUAACAACUCCAUGGUGAAUGAUCUUGUUGCCAAAGUUCUUGAUGAAGAUUUUACAACUAAAAAUGUUUCUGCUCACCAUGGCAAUGAUAAUUUGCAACAGUAUCAAGUGGAAGCACCAAUAGCACCAGAUUUUGAUAUUAAAUUAGGUGCCAGUUCCUUUUUAAACUCUACCUUUCACACAUCUGAUACACCUACACCAUCAUUUAACGACACGCUAGGCUCAAGAGACCAAGAUUACAAAAUCAUUAGCCAAGAUCUGAACUUGCUCAAUUCAAAUUUGUGCUUAGGAUUGCAGAUUCAUGACAAAGUAACAUCUUCUACCAAUGGAUUUACAAAAAAUUUGCAGAGAACUUUGCAUACCUCUGACAAUGGUAUACAAUCAUUGAGACAGCAUCCUGGCCAAACCACAAACGAUGGGUUCUAUAGUUCUGUUUCAAACUCGUACGCCCCUCUGACAGCAACGAGCAGCAGUGGUGAAAAUUGCAACCCUCAAAUAGAUAGCUGGUCUAAAUCGCUGAUCAGACCUGAUUGCUCAAAAGAUAUUAUUGGACAUUAUUCGUGUCAGCUACAGGCCUGCAAUAGUACCAGCACGGAUUACAACCUCAAUGUUGCCCUGAACUUAGUACACCUUGAUCAACCUGUGAAAGACGUCGUCAAUCUGAGUGAACUACAUCGUCAGCAACAGCUACAUUACAACUUAGUCUCGAACUCCUAUGACAACUCAAUGUUAAAAGUUCAAGAUUCCUAUGAUAUGUCUGCCCAUGAUCAAGCCUACUGUCCUAGCAGCUUUACUGUGAAUAACCUUGGCGUCGAUUCUGGCCUACUUGCUAACUCGCCACUCCAACAUUUCUCUCAUGCUGAGUCAGUUCUACAAAACUGCUUUUGUUCUAAUAUCCAGAGCAUCAAAUGCAAAGAGUACCAAGAUUAUGACAUGUCCUAUAUCAACAUCCAGGACCUUGCAGCUUCCAGUGAACAAACACACAACAAGCAAAAGCAGUUAAAUCUUUAUAAAUUUAAUGACAUUGCUGAAUCGGCGUACAAGCGCUCUGUCAAUCAUCGCCCGAAUCUUACUGAGCAUCAACAGCAGCAAUUUGUAACUAGCAGUAAUGUCGACAGUUGUAGCCCCAUGUUACUCUUUACCGACCAGCGUCCUGAUGCUGCUGUAGUAAAGAUACUUAACAGUUUCAAGACUGUUCAUCCAAGUGGUGGCAAGUCUCUUGAAAAUCAGGAAUUUUCGUCAAUCGACUAUCCUCGGAAGCUGGCUGUGGCUACAACUGCAGUAGCUGUUCACGAGAUUGAACAUCAACAGCAGCUUAAAGUUUAUGACCAGAAUACCGACUGCCAAAGGUUUAUUGGCAAUGAUGUUGAAGCCCUUGGUGAUCUGCAACACAACUCCCAGGCUACCUAUCAGAACAACGUCAAGAGGUCUAAUAACAUUUUGAGUACCUACAAAAUAAAGGCUUCUAACGAAUUAGCAAAUGGCAUUAAUUUUCAACCCAUCAACGCUCUGAAGAGGCAGCAAUACUUAGCUGAUUGUAAAAGCAAUGUCACUAUUAACAAUGAAGUCUUUAAUCGUAUUAUAAAACAUCAACAACAGCAGCAACAACAAAAACAACAACAACCACAACAACAAACGGUGCGACCGACAACCGACGUUUUAUGUAAUAUAGGACUGAUGCAAAGUUCCAGAGUUUGUCCUGCGCAAACGAUGAUACCAAUCCCUGUGACUGCACCACCACCAAUCGCCAUUUUUGAAAGCAGCCUAGGCUUAAAAAAUGCAACAUCAACAAGAAAGUCUGGCCCAUCUAGAAUGCUGUACCGAAGACUGGAACAAACUUACGAGCAAUUCAAACAGCUGGAAAAAGAACGCAAAAAGUGCGAGGCUGGACUUGCAGCACAUUUUCCUGGAAGAAAGGUGACAAGCGCUAAUAACAUACCUGUUCCAAGACUCCAGGGUAGCCCAUCAAGAGUCGAUAGACUUAUCGUCGAUCAUUUCCGAGAGCAUGCUCGUGUCAUAACUCUGAUAGCAAAAAUGGAACGUCUUCGUGCUGCGAAUAUGAACAAGCAAGUUCAUAAAUCCAUGGAGCACUGGUUGGAGACUAUUAAAUAUGUACAGGAGUGUCGAAAGCGAGAAAUUGCUAGUACCAGCAAACGACAGAAAGAAAAUCUUCACUGCAUAUCUACUCACGAUGAUACUGAAAUACUGGCAUUGGCUGAUAGUAUUUACAAACUGACAAAGGCUUCGCGCAAUGCUAGGACUGCCAUGUAUAAUGCAAUGCAGGCUACGCUUCUCCACAACGACGAAUUUGAAAGCAAAAUCAUGAAGAAGGAUGAGGACAUUCUGUUGACGCUCAAGUUUUUGGCUAGGUCUAACUUAAUUACCGAGCCAACUGCUUUAAGAACAGUAUCAUCGGUAACAUUAGUUAAAUGUUCUAGUCCAACAAAAAUUUUAUUAGCACCUACAAUUUCAACGACUGAUGAUGGAGAUGCCAAUCGUACUUAAGAAUAAAGAAGACGGCGAAAGGAAAUAAUUUCUUGAGGUGGAACAACAUGGAAGACUAAGUGUGAAUAGUUUACUUAUAGUUUCAGUUAGUUAACGCUUUUCUCAAGAUUCACAUGGGCUAAACCGUUAUUGUUAAGUUUUCAAACGUUUAAUUUAUCGAUUAACAAAAUAGUCUUGCUUAAUUAAGCAAAACAACGCUAAAAAAAUUAGGAGAAACAUGUAAGAGUGUGAGUUAAAAGUGAAGAAGAUGGAAUGAAAGAGAGGAAAAAAUGUUAAAACGUACUUAGACUUUGUAGUGCUAACAAAGUUAAUGCUCGAAAAACUGCAGGACCUGAGAGGUCUUCUUUGAGGAACACCGUAAUGUUAUCUUUUGCUAUUUAGAAGCGCACAACAGUUUAAUCGUCAACCAAAAACCGUUGCUUCAGUACUUUUAGUUGGCAAUCAUUAGUGAGACCACUAGGUGCAUUUUACUACAUCGAUUAAAUUUUACAUUUGUUAGUUUACAUGAUUAAACUUAAAAAUAAAAAUUGUCGCGCUUCAAAAUGUGAAUACGCCUAGCAACCAAUGUAUACUGUUGUCAUGUAGGCCGAGCUUGACAUUUAGUGGAACACUGGUUAGUCUGAAGUGUAGUUUACCACUUUAGAGUACCUGUCAAAUAAAGAUAAUACGAUGUUUUAUACGUGAAGAAUAACGUAGCGAAAAAGCUUCAUUAUCUGUUUUAUCUACAGUGCGUUUCCUCAUAUACUUUUAUUCCGUCCUUGAUCAAAACUUCUAAGAUGACUCUUUUCACUAACUUUCUUGUGCAAUAUCUUGAAGACUUUCUCAAGAAUCUUUUAUUUGAUCAAUCAAAAGUAAACCAUCAGUAAAGAUAACCAUUGCUUGCAUUACUGGUUACAUCAAUGUAAUUCACGGUUUCCCAUGUACAAAUUUUUAUAACAUCUUUUUUACAUUCUUGUGAAAAAUGAAAACGGAAAGAAAGUUAUGAUGAAAAUUUUUUAGUUAAAAUAAUGCUACAAUUUUCUGAAGUCUUGUAACUGAAAUUUUGGAGUUCAAUACUUCUGUUCACUGUAAUUAAAAUUAUGUAAACAGUCAUUAUCAAUAGUGUUUUUUUAUAAAAUCAAUGUAACAGACUUACGAUUUGUGUAAAACUUGAAUGAGAGAAUUCAAUAAAAGAAACUUGUAAGUAUUUAAAUUUAGAUCCAGUCACUAAAAACAAAUAGUGUAAACGGUGAUACUAAUUACCACAAUGAAAUUGGAAAAAAAGUGUUGCUUACCAUUAGGACCUUUUUCGCUGUCACAUUGUUUCUAGGCUUAAGUUAAAAUCUUUCAUCACUGUUUGAUGUAUUUCAUUAAGUAUUACAACAAAACUUGCAUAAAAAACUUAAUGAAAGUUUCAGAAACCUAUCAGAUUUACCGAAUGUUUUUUUUGACGCUAGAAAAAAAUUGCUUAGAAUAUCUGAAUGUAGCCUUUUUUAAAUGCAUAACCUGUUAUAAUUGCGUGCACGUACAGUUACUUCCUACAUAAUACAGGACGACGAUACGGGUAUCCUUUAAUGGCAUCUAAAGUGUACAAUAUAAAGAUUAGUGCGCUUGAUAAGGUGAUUGUAGAAACAAAUACGAAUCGCAAUAAGUGCCACUGUUCCUGAAUGAAUGUAGUUUGUUUGCAAAUAUAAGUAUACAUACAUGUGUAUCCAUAUACGUACGAGUACAUAAACAAAAAAUUGUGCAUUAGCUCAAUAUUGACUCAGGAAUGUCAGCGCCUCCUACAAUCAAAGUCUGUCUUCAACCUCAU